AUGGUUCCACCACCAGCUUCCCCGUCUAAAAAAGACAAAAGUUCUUGUCUUUGCUUUGCUUUGAUAGCUAUAAUUAUCGGAAUUAUACUAUGUGCUGGACUCAUGACAUGGAUUUUCGUUCUUCGAGAAAAUGGAGAUGGACCUGAUGUUGAUUGGCAAAAUGCGACUGAAAUCCCUACGACAACCACUUCGAAGGCAUCCUCUACAACAACGGAGUUGGAAUCAACGACAACGACGAGUGCAGAAUUCAAGAAUGAUGCCACUUCAUCAACCACAACAACUCAAUCUGCAACACCAGAAACAACGACAGUUUCCACGACGACAACUACAGAAGAGGUCACAACAACAACUGCUUCUGAAAUUGUGAUGCCUGUAGACGUAGCUUCCAUUCUAAAGGAUAAAACGAAAGAGUUUGAGAUCGUUGAGAAAUGUGCCCAAAUCCAAGUUCUGCAUGUUUCCUGUACCCCAUCCUCAUCUCAAUUGACAUCCGAUCCAUCGAAAUUUCAACCAAUUCAUUAUACUCUGAACAUCACAAUACGAGAUAUCAGAAAACCAGUUUUGGAAGGACACAUGCAACUGUUUGCCUCCACAAAAGAUCAGAUUCAAGCGAUUUCCCUCCACUCUGUCAAGAUUCAUAAUCUGGAGAAUCGGGAUCGUGUUCAUGUGAUCAACUGUAACACAGGAGAGACGAUUUGCGUAUCACGAGUCCAUCAGGUUGAUGAAGUUAUCCAUUUGGAACUGGCUCAAAGUAUCUCUUCUGGAGUUGAUCUUCGUAUCGAUAUCGAUGGUUUCAUCUCUGCUGAUUCUGGACCAAAUGUAUACAAACAGAUUCCAACGGCAAAAUGGAGAGUUCCACAGAUGGUUGGAUCCAUUUUCGAACCGACAUCUGCCAGACACGUCUUCCCAUCUUUUGAUCUUCAUAAUCAGAAAGCUACAUUCAAUUUAUGUUUGAACCAUGGACCAUCAAUGACUGCCAUCUCGAAUUCUCUGAUCAAUCCAAAUAUCUCCACUUCUGGAAUCUCAUGCUUCGAAAAGACUGUUCCAUUAACUGCUCAACAAAUUUCAUUCGUCGCUUUCGAAAGAACAAAUCCAUUAUUCUACAAUACGACAACGUUAGAUGGGGCAUAUCUUCCAGAGAUAAAUAUGAUUUUCAACUUGAAUGCGAAAAACUUCCAGCAGUACGAAUGGAUCCAUUCAGAAGUCUCAAAAGUGAUGUCAUUGAUGUCCAAAUGGUCUGGUUUCUCGUAUCCAUUGCCAAGAUUAGAAAUCGUUGUUGCCCCUGUUAUGGCUGGACAUUCGGCUCUUGGAGUUAUCACAUUGCCCGCUCAAGCCAUCGCAUAUCAAAAGCAUACAUCGACCCACGAGACUCUAAUCAAAGAGGUUAUUGGACAGUGGAUGGAGGGAGUAGUGACCACGGAACACACAUGUUUUGAGAAAGCCCUCAUCGCCUACCUCGAAUGGAAAAUCAACGAAGAAUUACAAAUUGUAAAGAAAACGAGAAAGAUGGAAGUUUCUCGAAUUCGACCACGUAAUCUCAAUGAAACUGCUGAUCAACUCCGAGUUAUUCGACAAAUUAAGCCACAAAGUACCAGUUUGUGUUCUCCAAGAUUUGUAGAAGUUUUCUACACCCUUGAUGAAACAUAUGGACAAGAUACUGUAGUUGGCAUGAUUCGAGUUAUUUUCGACCAAUUCGCAUUCUCCACCGCAACUAUUUCUGAUUGGGCAUCAGCUGCUGAAACAUCAACCGGAGGUCGUCCAGAAGCCGGAGCUCUCAUCCAUGAAUGGUACCGCCCCUCUUCGAAAAUCUCUCGACCAGUUCUUCGUGCUGUCGUUUCAUCGAAUAGUGUCGACUUUCACCAAUUAACAGAAGAUAACUGGACUGUUCCACUCGAAAUUUCUGGAUCUGCUGGAACUCAAUUGGUUGUUAUUUCUGAAAAGAAACAAACAGUUCCAUUCGUUUCAACAGAUUAUGUAGUAGUGGAUGCAAGCAGAAAAUCGCAUGCUUUUGUUGUUUAUGAUGCCGACACAUAUCUUCGAUUAAUCAGAUGUUUCGGAGAUUCAAGAUGUCCAUCCAAAGAAAUUGGAGGAGUUUUUGCUGAUUUGGGGGCUGCUCUUCUUGCAAACAUUCUUCCAAAACCAGAUAAUCAAGAUGUUGCAAAAUGGAAAUCCGUAUUUAAGUUCAUGGCCCAACAAAAUCUUGUCGAAGGAACAGCCGCGUGUUGUGUGGAACACGCGAUUCGGGAAAUGAGAAAAUGUUCGUAUUGGGAUAUUCAAGAUGUCUGCACAAAGAUUGAUUUCAACAUUGUUUUGGCUGCAGUUGCUUAA